GUUGUCAACUCAUUUGAGAAUACUAAAUUACCCUGAAUAUUUUUAGGCUUCUUUUCUGAAAUUGCUGGAAUUGCAGUCCAACUACGGGGAUCAUUUCUUUGCUUGAUUUCCAUCUGCAGGUCAAAUGAAAAAAAAAAUUAUUACUAGGUGUUAGAUGAGUGUUUACAGUAUUUUGAGGACAAUAUCUUGUGUGUUUAGCUUGUCUUUGCGAAAAGGUGAUAUGAGACGAUUAGCAUCGAUCCGAAUUAAUUAUUUUGGUGUGUUAAUUAUUUUUUCACGGACAAACACGAUCAAAUUUGGCUGACACCGAGCGAUCUUUGAAUAACCUUGUUGUCAAAGGUGAGAGAGUAGAUACCUGUUUUUUCCUUCGCUUGAAGACACUUUUAAUACAUUUUCUUAAGGGUUCUUUAUCAUGUUUUGGAAUACCAAAAUUUUAAAUCAAAACAGUUCUUAUCUCUGUUGAACUCUGAAGAACUUUGUCAUUGUUUUGGAGAAUAAUAGGUCGUUACCAUUUGUUAACAAUGUGGUAACGGUUAACCUUUACUCCUCGGAAAGUACACCACUAGCUUUACAUUAUUCAUGUUUUUUUCCUUUUCGGGACAUUUUAUUUGGAAUAGAUAACAUCUAAUAAAGAAACAAGUUUUGACUCCUUUUCCUCGAGUUUCAGCUCGAUGAUCGUUUACGCUUGUUUGAGGGAAAGCUGUUACCGAUAAUUUCAUUCAAAAAACGCGUCAGUGAAGGAUUAACCUCGUUGCUUCUUGCUUCUAAACUGAUAUUUGAAAACAAUGAUUUCUGUUUUUGAGAGACGACAGUUACAUGCAGGUGGCUAAAUUCUCGCUAUGCUUUUUGUCUUUUAUAUUUUGGAAAAAAGAGAAAAACCCCUGGGAUUAUUUUGUUCAUUCAGAUCUCACUAAUUAUCAUGGCUAAACCAUUUGUUGUUGGCAACGCUACAUUAUUGUGUUCCCGUUGGUUAUCACAUGAUCGCAUUAAGAACUCCUUUUCAGUGUGACGAGAGGGUGUUCUUAAGCACGCAGACUAAAUAUUUGCUAACAACUUGACUGAGGCAACAAUGGGAUGUGGGUCGUCGAAAUCCGUCGAAACUGCUGUCGUAUCUACAAAUGAGGGCCAAACCAAGCCGUUUAUACGCGAAGUCAACGAAAACAUUGAAUCAAAGCCGAACUCUCUUAGCAACAAGCCGCGAAUCUUUUCUCAUGAGGCCGAGCUUACAGAAAGCGUAACAAAUCCCCUAUUUUCCAUCGGUGACCGCGUUCAUGUUUCUGGAUACACAGGUAGUGUGAAGUUCAUCGGAAGUCUCAGCGAACUAGGCGAUGGUGACUGGAUAGGAAUUGAGUUGGAUCGAGAACAUCCACAAGGAAAUGAUGGGUUAUUUCAAAGCAUCCGUUAUUUUAUGUGUAAACCAAGACAUGGCAUGUUUGCUCGACCGUCCAAUGUGUUUCCCCACACAGAUGUGGAUACAAUUGAGGAAGCCGCGAGUAUUAAUCCUCGAACAAUCGUUUUCAUUCAAACUAGCAUGCGGCGAUUUCUUGCCAGGAUUCGAAUGGCAAAGUUUCAACAGCGCACGGGAAUCGAGAAGCAGAUCGACGCACAUGUGUUAGCGACACCAGAGGAACAAACUGAAAGCGUCGAAAAACUGAGCGUCUAUCUCACAAGUCGGUGGGAGGGAGACAGGAACAAAGCUUACGCGAUUUUCCGCUGGCUGAGUUUCAAUGUCGCCUACGAUGUAGAUGGCUUUUUUGGAAGGACAGAGAAAAAGACUUGCGAUUCCGCAAGCGUGUUACGUCACAGAACAUCAGUGUGCGCUGGUUAUGCGAAUCUAUUUGACGCACUUGGUAAAGCUGCGGGUCUUCAAGUGCAUACCAUAAAUGGCUACGCCAAGGGUUAUGGCUUCGAGCCGGGCCAGCAGAUUAAAGACACAAAUCACGCGUGGAAUGGAGUUCAAGUCAACGGUGAGUGGUUCAUUUGUGAGCCCACAUGGGGUGCUGGUUACCUGGGAGCCGAUUUGAUGUUCCAUCACAGCCCAGACGUGUCCAUGUUCCUGAUGGACCCCGAAUAUGCCAUUUGCAGCCACUACCCAUCCGACGAACAAUGGCAGCUCCUUGAGAAACCCAUCAGUAAGGAAGAGUUUGAGAAGUUGGUCGUGCCUUCUGGAAGAAUUCACCAAAUGGGAGUGGAAAUUCUCAGUCACAAGGAAAGCAUGUAUGAUAUUGAU